AUUUUUAAAACACUAGUCGUCAUCUAACAAUAUCGUUUCCAUCGUGAAAUUCGUUAUCAAGGCGAUCAGGGCAGGGGAAAGGCAAUCGCUUAUCGCAAAAUUCUAUGCGCAGUUAAAUAAUUUAUGAGAAUCUGAAUAUCAAUAGCCGAGGCGAUUAGGUCAGUUUCGAUCGCUACACAAUGGCAGAAAGACGAUUGUGCUCGAUUCUUGUGCCUUGGGUACCGGCAGGCGUUCAUUCGAGACUAUCGUCGAUCGAAAUAACGAUUUUCUCACUUCUACCAUUUGGGAGUCGUCGGGACCAUAAACGAAACACAUGUGCUGCCGGAAGAAUACAUUUGGGAGCCUAUUUUUGGAACCCAAGGCAUCCAGACACGACCAUGUAUAGAUACGACAGCGUCGAGGCGUUGCGACUGAAAUGCGGUCUUCUCGCCGAUUGGAUCCAAGCUGCACGGCACGUCGUCGUUCACACCGGCGCCGGCAUCAGCACUGCUGCGGGCAUUCCGGAUUUUCGAGGCACAAAUGGAGUAUGGACUUUGGAGCAGAAGGGUUUGAAAGCUACAAUGAGUAUUUCUUUCGACGAAGCGAUACCUACAAAGACACACAUGGCAUUGAAGAAAUUGGUGGAUGCUAAAAAAGUCAAAUUCAUUAUAAGUCAGAACAUCGAUGGCUUGCACCUUCGAUCAGGAGUGCAGAGACAACACCUGGCUGAGUUGCAUGGAAAUAUGUUUACAGAACAAUGUGAUAAAUGCGGCAGACAAUUUAUUCGGAAUUUUGCAACUAAAAGCGUGGGCAAGAAAUCGCUUGACACUGUGUGUAGAUCUGAACAGAUAGGUGGUCGUCCAUGCCGUGGUCGCAUGCACGACACAAUCCUUGAUUGGGAACACAACUUGCCAGACAGCGAUCUCACAUUGUCCGAUUUGCAUUCUAGUGUCGCGGACUUGAGCAUAUGCCUUGGAACGACGCUGCAAAUUAUACCCAGCGGAAAUUUGCCUCUGUAUACCAAAAAGUAUGGAGGUCGACUCGUUAUAUGCAAUCUACAACCUACAAAACAUGACAAAAAGGCGGACUUGAUAAUCAACGGCAACGUUGACGAGAUAAUAAUCAGCGUGAUGAAAAAGCUGGGGCUAGAGAUCCCCGAGUACGAGAGCACGAUGGAUCCUACACGCAACUCCGACACAACGUCUAAAGAGAUGGACUGGACAAUACCUACCAGCAGAAUAAAAGAAAUGAACGUGUUAUACAAGAAAGUAUGCAAACCGAUGAAAAGGAAACGGCAAACCUUCAUGUACGAGAGAACGGAUUCGCGAACGGAGACGAAACGAGAACCGAAAUCGAAGAAGCAGGCGUUCAUGAUCAAGGAGGAAAUAAAAGCCGAGGAUGUAAAGGCAGAAGAUGUAAAAAGGAAUGACGUAAACACGGAGAACCCGUCGAACGCGGCUGACAUAGUACGCAACAACGAGGUAAGUAGUAACGCGGUUAAAAUCGAAGGGGACGUCAAUGACCAAGUGCAACAACCGUUCGACUUCUCUACGGACAACUUGACACAACCGAAUGCCAGUUUAGAAGUGAACGACAGACUGUAGCAUGAUGAUUUUGGCGUAUUGUGAUCGCCAACGACCUAAUUAAUCCUAUUACUCUCAGUCUACGUUAAAUUUAUUUAUGAGUGCAUAUAGGAUGGAUGUUAUCUGUAUGUGAAAAGAAUGCCUAAAAGUGCUAUCGAUUUGUUUAUAUGAAAACGACACAAAAAAAAAAAUGAUACAAAAAGAUGAGGAGAUUAAGAGAAUCGUAUAAGAUAAGUUUAUCGAAUGGCAAACCGCUUUUAACGUCUGAAAUCACAGAACGCUGCAAUACGUGUAAAUAUAUGUAGUAGUAAUUUUGUGAUCGCUUCCAUGUUCUGUCCGCUUUCUUCUUACACGAAGCGUGCGUGCGUGUGCGGCCGUAGCUUUUAAUAGGGUCCCCCAUUUCACGGGUACACGUGGUUUCAAAGUUGCGCGCAAUAAAACACGUGAUACUGUUUUCACGUGUUGAUACUAUGGCUGGGGCUACUUGUUGAAUUUUUCUGCAUUUGAAUAGCGGAUUCGUCGAGUCCACCCCUCUUUUUCAUUUCAUUUUCAUUUAUGCUACUUUACAAAUAAUAUUCUGUACAUUUCCAUUUCGAUAAAGAGGAAGUAAUGCAUUUACAUUUUUCGGCUGUAAACAGUUUAUUUUUAUAAGAGAUAUUUAAAAGAUAUUUCGUUGAUUUUGCUAUCGAAACUCAACCUCGCUUAAUUUCCACCAUUUUGGGGGGAGCCGUUGCGUUUGAUCGUUGGAAUAGUAAUAUUCGACAAUAGUGAAUGGUAAUAAUAGAAAUUGAAAAAAAAAAAAUCUGUGAUGUCGUUUACAUGUUCGUUUGCCCGUGUACCCGUGUAUUUUAAAACACGUACAAGAAGAGUCUCGAUGAAUACUUCCGGGUUGUGCAUAUACAUAUGUAUGCAUGCACAUCAGAGAUGAGCAAAAUUCAUGUCUAGGUAACGAAGGUAAGUUUCGAAUAAUAGAUUAAAGAUAAAUAAUCUUUAAUCGAUUAUUUGGUUUAAUCAAAAUUAUAAUUAAAUUAUGUUUCACAAUUGAAAGAAUAACUACGAAGCUAUAUACAGCUAUAUACAGUUGUAUGCAGAAAUUUUAUUUGGCAUCUGUUAUUCGAAUAAUACUUUGCUCAACUCUGAGGCGCGCCAUAGCUUUUCUCCAGUAUCGUACAUUAACGUUACGUACUUAAUGAUGAUUUAUUUAGGAUCGUUUGUAUCCCGUUAACAGAGAUUUUGUAGCGACGACGUGUCCAUUUAAUUGAUAUAUGAAUAUAUAUAUAUAUAUAGAUAUAUAUACACAUUGUUCGUGUUUUCUCGACGAUUUUCGUCGUUUCUCAAAGUUUUCGAACUGGUGACCAGUAAAUCUGGUAACCGUUUGUAAUUCGAGAAACGAUUAAGGAAAAUAUAUGACGAUGUUUUAACGCGCUCGGAGUAGCGAGUAAGCAUUGCUACUUCGAACGUUUAAGAUUGAGAGAAUCUUUUUAAUAGAAAGCUCUGUACGAGCCUCGAUGUUGUUUGGUCAUUUAAUAGUUGAGUGUCUUUCUCGUUGAACGCACACGUUUAUAUAACCCGUAACAAGCGAAACAUUUUAACAGGCAGAUUCCGUUGAAACGAAACAACGGGCGCGAGGUUUUAUCCCUUGACAAUAUAUGUCUCACCGAGCGACUUGGAAAGUGGAAGUGCAAAGAUUUAAGAAUAAUAAUAAUAAUAAUAAUAUUAAUAAUAAUGAAAAAAAAAAAUUAUAAGUGUAAGCGAGUCUUUCUUAUAUCGGCAUUCGACGCUACUCUGUCGAUAGAGUUUUAAAGUAGUGCGCAAAUUAGUGAAAUGUGUAAUAUUUAUGUGUACAUAGCGACGCACGCUUGGUUGCUCUUAAUAAUUUAUUAUCCUUAUUGACAUUAUUUACUGGACGUUAUUAUUAGUGAAAUAUUAUAGUAUUUGACGGGUAAUAAAAUUGUGGAAAUGGG